GGACGCUGAAGGCAGGAAGUGAAACUGGGAGGAAAACGUUGAACUCCUGCGCACAGAAACAAGGACUGAAGAGCAGGAAGUGAGUGGAAAUCUUCAUCGACAAAGACAGAUGCUGCUGUGAUGCUACAACAUCUGGAUACUGAUGCGUUAAAGAAGAAACAGUCACAGCGUCCAGCCCCAGAGACUCAGAGUUAUUCAGUGAAGGCUCAGGUCCUUCAUGCAGAAGCUGAUCUAGGAUCAGGGGCCACAUUCUCCCACUGAGGGGCUGAAAACAUCCAGGCCCAAUUCUUGAUUCAGUAAGGUGCACGUUUAAGUCAUCCCUUGUUUACUGUUAGACAUAUGGAUGGAUGGAUAGAUAGAUAGAUAGAUAGAUAGAUCGACAGAUAGAUAGAUAGAUAGAUAGAUAGAUAGAUAGAUAGAUAGAUAGAUAGAUAGAAAGACAGAUAGAUAGAUAGAUAGAUAGAUAGAUAGAUAGAUUUCACAUUAUGAUUUUUCCAAAAAGGAAUAAAUUAAUUAUCAAACAAUUACCCCUCGUUCACUCUGUAAGACAAGAGCCUGGAACAAGAAUCCAGGCAGUCUGCCCUCGCUGCCUCUCACACUCAAUCAUUGACCAACUAAUGUCUGCGACGGCUCAGAGCUCGAGUCCUUAACGGGGACAUUGGGAUUCAACCCAGGACCCGACUUCUCAAGAGGGCGAAGCAACAACAAUCCUGACAAGAACCUCCACUCGUCCCAGGGUCCCGGGCCACCAUGUGGCGGCCGAGCCAGGAUGAGGUCCUGCACAUGCUGCAGCAACUUCCUGCGGUUCCACCACAUUCCUUAAACAAGCUCAAGGUCCUGCCACCCAUAGAGCGCAGGCGGUCAGAGGUGAGUCCCGGAGGAGGCCUGGACAGAGACAUACACAGCCUGUCUGAUGAUGCCGUCCCGCAGCAGAGGCGGACCUCCAGCUCUGAGGGGGACAACAGGGCGGAUGUGUCGCUCAGGAUGUGGCCCAACACCUCAGACCUAGAACCAUUAGGAGCCGAAGACGGGGCCAGUGUUGGUUUGCUGUUAGCCGUCCGAGCACCGUGCGGCAGGAGGUUUCAGCAGCACUUUGAGUCCACAGACGCUCUGCUGACGGUGAAGGCCAGUGCAGAGGCCAGGUUCACGGAGACGUAUGGAGAGGUCUCCAUCGAGACCAUGGAUGUGCCACGCAGGAGCUUCACGGACAUGAAUAUGACUCUGGCCCAGAGCGGCAUCAUGAACAGAUCAGUGCUGUGCAUCACACGGAAUAACAAUGACAGUGUGGAGCUACAUGAUUGAGAUGAAACCAUUUUAAAGUUUGUCUGUGUGGUGAUAUGUACAGCCCCCCCUCCUCCAUUGUUUACCUUAUUUGGAUGCUUGACCUCUGACCCCUGUGCAGAAUGAUUUCUCUCUGUCCAACCCUUUAUGGUUAACGCCAAAUAACUUAUAUAAAAUGCAGUAUAUUGAUAUUUGAGAAAUGAUCACAAUUUGCUUUUAAAUUACAACUGCUCUCCUGCUUGUAAAGUGUGUUAAUAUGAUUACAUGAAGUUAUAUUUAUGCUUUUUAAAGUCUCAAACUUCCUCUGUAUGUGUGGGGUUGUUAUACUGGAGACAUCAAAAAGAAAAACCUAAUAAAUAAAAAGUGGAAACAGA